AUGCACAAACUCUCUCUGCUCCUCGUACUGAGCUGGCUAUUUCUCUUCCAAUUACUGUUGCAUGUGAACGUGGUGGCAGCAACAACGUUUUACAUGUCUCCAAAUGGACGUGACAGAAACAAUGGCCUCUCAACCACAAGACCAUUCCAAUCAUUCUCGAAGGCAUUUUCUACAAUGUCCAGAGGUGAUUCAUUGAUCUUGCUCGAUGGUGUUUAUUCUGAAAAUGCUGGAACUGGUGUCAUUGUUAAUCCACUCAACGGAGGUUCAAGCUUGUCAGCACAGCCACUGUCAGGUGUCAAUCUCACCAUACCAACCAUGAUUCGAGCUCUCAAUCCAGGACAAGUUCGAAUCCAAGGUGGUUUACAAAUUGGUACCUCCACACGAAAAGAUACUUUUAUUACAAUUCAGGGAAUCACCUUUGAAGGCGACUCGGUGAUUGAAAAUUGUGAUUUUUGCACCGUUCAACAAUGUGGAUUUUACGGAUCGUUGUGGAUUGGAACCAAUAAUCACCAAAUGGACAAUCAGUACAAUCUCAUUGAAGAUUGUUGGGUAUGGGGUUCUCAACGACGAAUUUUUGCAGGACUAUUCCAAUCGAAUUACAAUGUCUGGAGACGAGUUGUGAUUCGAGGAGAUGGUUGUGGAGUUCCUGCAUGUGCGACCGCUCCCAAUGUUGGAUUCGCUGUUUAUCAAGCUCAUGACAAUAUCAUUGAGAAUGUUCUUGUGAUGGAUCGAAUUUUGGCUCCAACAGAUUCUUCAUUUGCCGAUUUUGCUGCGGCUUCUCAAUCUCAAGAUUCGAAUUUUUUCAGUGGACGAAACAAAUGGUUGGGCUGUAUGUCCAUUCAUUCCCCUGAUAGUGGAUUUUAUUUUGAACCAGAUAGAACUCUCGAUCCAACCUUUGUAUUGCGUCAUUGUGUGUCUGUGAAUUCGAAUGGAACUGGUUUUAACAUGGCACGAAAUGGUUCCAAUCUUGUUUUGGAGAAUUUAAUGGCCAUUCGCUCACAAUGGGACGGAGUGAGAGUUGGACCUGAAGACGCUCUCUUGAGUGGUACCGUGCGAAAUAUUGUUUCAUUUCAAUCAGGACGUUAUGGAUUCAAUUCAAAAUUUGAGCCUUCCUAUGUGAAUGUGUUUGGUUCUGGUAUUUCGAAUUUUCAACAAACCAGUGGAACUCUUGGAGUUUCGACCACAGAUCCAACUGCAGCAGGAGCUUUAAAGUAUCCAGUUCGUAUCGAAACAAAUUCAUUCCUUGAUGGAGCUGGUUUCUCUGGUGAGAAUAUUGGAGCAGAUAUUUUACAAAAGUAUGGGGAUGACGGUUCUCGAUUUGGAGAUCUUUUUGUUGAACGACAAACAGUGUCCUUGUGGCCAUGGCCAUAUGAAGAUCGAAUCAAAAAGGAAAUGUGUAGUAAUGGAACAACACGAGGUUUUUGUUCAUUGGGAAGGCAAUUGGAUGGUGUCAGCUCUGUCACUUUGACUUCCUAUAUUUGGGAAUUAUUGGGAAAUGCCAUUCCUAAUACCAUAUAUCCAUCAUGCUUUGGUUUGACAGCUCCAAAUCCAGGUGUGUGUUCGUCUCACGGCUUAUGUGUGGCUCAGGACAAUUGUGUUUGCAAUACGUAUUACUAUGGACCACAAUGUCAGUUUUCAAAUUGUGCCAAUCAUGGAAACUUUUCUAACGUGACCAUGACCUGCAAUUGUUUUAGUGGAUACACUGGCAUGAAUUGUGAAAUUCCAAUUUGUAACAACAUUCCAGCCAAUGACACUUCCAAUGUUUGUUCUCGACAUGGAACCUGUGUGGACAUGAAUGCUUGUAUGUGCGAAUCGGGUUACCAAGGUUCUGAUUGUCAAAUUCCAUUGUGUUACGAUAUUUUGGCCUCCAAUCCAACCGUAUGUUCUGGACAUGGAGCAUGUAUUGAUUACAACCAAUGUGUAUGUGUCAUGCCACCAAAUGCCUACACGGGAGUUGAAUGUGAAAUUCCCAUUUGUUACAAUAUAUCUGCUACAGAUCCAAGAGUUUGUUCUUCCCAUGGAGCGUGUAUUACUCCCGAUCAAUGCAGUUGUGCAUCGCAAUUUUUUGGAUCUCAAUGUGAACAAACCAUGUGUUACGGAGUUUCAUCUACGAAUACCACCAAAGCAUGUUCUGGAAAUGGACAAUGUGUCUCAUUCAACAAUUGUCAAUGUCGAGAGGGGUUUACUGGCUUGCAAUGCGAAACUCAAACUUGUUUCUCAAAGGCAGCGAAUGAUAGUUCAGUAUGUCAUUCACACGGUCGAUGCGUUGGUCCCGAUCAAUGUCAAUGUGAUAUCAAUUGGAUUGGAUUUGAUUGUUCUGUUUUUGCAUGCAUUCCAGUCAUAGAUGGUACGACUUUGAAUCAAACGUUGCAAUGUAAGAAUGAAAAUGAUACAGGAAAUAUUAAGCAAGAGCUACAAGUACAAACACUCUCAAAUAUUACUCAAUUAGAUUCAAAGAAUGUCACAUUUUCAACGUUUCAAAACAUUCUCGUUUCAUUUCCUUCGAAUAUUUCCUCUCAAAUUGGAAACAACCAAGUAACAACCAUUUCUUAA